ACUGAUUGUAGUAUUUCUCUAAUAUCUGGUUGCUAAUUUAGUUUUCAACCUAUUUUUUUGAUGUGAUGUAUACAAAGCCCUUUUACGUGUCCCCUGGCGGACGCUGGUGCAUGUCACAGACUGUGGAUGCCCUAAUUGUCCUCUGUACCUUUAAGGGAACCACGCACCUUUUUCAUCCAGCAGAUUCUGCGUGAUAUGAACUACCAUCAAUUUACGGGAUCCUUUAUUCCCACAGUGAAGCAGAUGAGGAGAGACGGCUUCUGGAACGCUCUGUGCAUUUUAUUAGUUCAUGAGAAGCUGCGUCCAUAGUGAAAGAUUUAGAAUAUGAGUGAUUAAUUUACAUGUUUAUCUCUACUUUAUUCAGUCUUUGAUGGUGUUUUGAGUUUUUUUGUUGGUAACUGCCUGUGAUUUAAAGAUGUGCAUUUUUGCAGUCCGUGUGUUUUUGGGAAUCCUACUACUUUGUGCAUGGUGCCAGUGCUUGGAGUGUCCUUUUGGCUGUGAGUGUUUUGCUAUCACUCGCACAGUGAAAUGUGUUUCUAAGGAUCUGUACACAGUACCACAAAGUAUCCCAGGAUAUGCAAGGACUGUCAUUAUCACAGGGAAUAAUAUUCAGCGUAUUGGACCUGAGUCGUUUACAGAGCUGGAGAAUGUCACCAACAUCAUUUUAAGCAAUAAUAGGAUUUCAGAGAUGGCAUCCCACAGCUUCUCUGCUCUCAUCAACCUCCGCUUCCUGGAUCUCAGUGGGAAUCAUCUGGCACUUAUCCAUCCAGAGGCUCUCAGCAUCCCUGGCAGUCCCCUUCAGGAACUCAACCUAAGCUGUGCGCUGUUCAACUUCACCGCCCUGACAGACCUCACCACAGCCCUGCGCUGGGGUGGCCUCGGGGGGCUCCUCCGCCUGGACCUUUCUGGGAACAACCUGGCUCUGCUGCCCCCAGGGAUGUUCUCUCACCUGCCCAAUCUGCAGCAACUCUUCCUCACUAACAACUCUCUGGUGGCUGUCUACAGUGGGACCUUCUCUGGCAUGAACCAGUUGGAGGUGUUGGAUCUGACUCACAAUGCCUUCAGGACAUUCAGGGCUGACGCUCUACAGGAGCUGGGGAGGCUUGGGAACAUCCGCAUCCUUCUCGGAUACAACCCCUACACCUGCUCCUGUGAGAUCCGUAAUUUUGUCUCAUGGCUGAAUGAAUCCAGAGCUGAGGUGGAUGUGGACAGUGUGAGGUGUGCCUCACCGAAGACAUUAACCGACACCAGGCUGCGUGGACUUGGGGUCCAGGCCAUUGGGUGUGUAAUUCCAGUCCAAGGAGACGUCACAGACCUCACCCUACAGACAUCCUACGUCUUCUUGGGGCUUGUUCUGGGCUUUGUGGGGAUGGUGUUUCUCUUCGUGGUCUACCUUAACCGCAAAGGUAUGAAGAAGUGGAUCAUUGAGAUGAGAGAUGCAUGUCGGGACGUUCUGGAGGGGUAUCACUACAGAUAUGAGAUCGACUCAGACCCUCGACGCACGUCGGGGCGUAUGUCGACGGACAGUGGUAGCAACAGGGCACAAGGACAUUUUGGAUCAUCUUUGUCCCAGCAGCUGCCAAAUGACACCUGCAUUGUCCAGGUUCCCACAGACACGCAGGUCAAACAGUUGACGACAUCUACACCUGCAACUAUCUGCAAACGUAAUGUUGUGUCUUGAUGUCAUCUGUGUAAUUACAGCACUUUUAUAAAAUGUACAAACAUAAUCUGUUGAAAACAUCCUGCAAACUUAUUUUCUCCUCGGAAGUUAUCAACAGUUGCCUUUAGCAUCUUGUCAAACUUCUUUAGAAUAUAGAUUGAUAAGCUAAAUUAUAUAGACGAUUAGAACCUGACUGAUUCGAUACAGAGGAACAGUAAUGUAAUCUGAUUUCUUUUAGCAGAAUCAAAUUGUUUCAUACCUGGAUUAAAUAUGGUAGUCCCUUUAAGGGUUUUGUUUUGUUUUUCUUACAAUUUUACAAUAAACUGUUAUUCCAUAAUGAGUUUGACUUGACUGAACAGUAAACUUCACCUCACUUAUUCUAAAUAAAACAUAAAUAUAAUAAAAAAUAUAUUUAUAUACCAAUGUAUAUAGUAGAUGCAUUGGUCAAUAAAAUCAGCCAGCUGUUACAUCAUUUGGGCUUUAUGGUUAUUUUAUCUAGAGCAUGAAAAAUGCCUCAAAAACUGUAAGAUACAGUAGACACUUAGGAAAUUUUAGAGUAGAGGCUCUGAAUAAGAUUAUAUGCUUCAGUAGAAACAUUCUUAUCUUUAUUACUCAUGUAAUUACUGCUGUGUGUAGAAUCCAUUCAUUGUGUAAACUGUAUUGUAAUCAUGGUUGGGGGUAAUUAUGUAAUUAAACUGAAUGUAAAUUACAGCUACUGAUCAAAAUGUUGGUGAUUACAAAUGAGGUACAUUUGCAUAUAUUCUACGUAGAAAGAAAUGUUCAUUUACUGCAGGAAGAGUUGGUUGUUUGUCAUCUACAUACUUGUGUAUUAAAACCAAAACAUUCCAGAUUUAAUUAGGUUUAUAUUGAAGAACUUUUGCCAAAACUUUAACAGUAAUAAGUGUUGUGAGGUUUACACUGCUUGGUUUAAAUUUACAUUUUUAUUGCCCUGUUAGUUAGAAAGAUGAUCAAAAAUUAAUCAAAUGUAAUAAGAUGCAUUGCAUUGAUGAAGUAAUUAAAGUAGAUUACACAGUUUUAACAUGGUAACUAGUAAAUAUCAACCCAUAACAUUUCAGGGGUAACUUUCCUAAUUGUAAUAGUAAUACAGGCAUACAUGCUUAAGUUAUAAACCCUGUAUGUAUGAACUACAAAUAAAUUUUGAUGUACUCA